AUGGUCGCCGUGCCGUCGCCGUCGCCGUGCCGUCGCCGUCAGCCUCGUCCGGGACUGCAUCCUGCUUUUUAUAUCAUAAAUUGGAUGUUCUUCUCCAACCUGACAAUCUUGUUCAAUAAAUGGAUCAUCGAUUCAGCUGGCUUCACUAUCCUCCUCACCUGCUGGCAUCUCGUCCUCGUCAUCGUCGCUGGCGUCGCUAUUGCCUCCGCUGGCGAGAUUGAAUUUUCCCUCACUGGCUUCAUCUACCAAGUUGGCGGUAUCAUCUUCGAGGCUAUACGCAUCGUUCUAAUAGAGGUCAUGCUUAGCGAUAAGAGUCAUAGACCAAAGAUAGACCCCCUCGUUAGCCUCUACUAUUACGCCCCUAUCUGCGCCGUUAUGAAUUUCCUCGUCGCUAUCCCCACUGAGCUCCCUACAUUUCAAUGGCAAGAUGUCACCCAGGUGGGAUUUUCUGUAUUUUUUCUCAACGCCUUGGCUGCUUUUAUGCUAAACGUAGCGAGUGUCUUUCUGAUUGGAAAGACGUCCGGCCUCAUCAUGACCCUCGCCAGCAUCAUGAAAAAUAUGCUCCUCGUCUUGAUCUCUAUUAUAAUCUGGAAUACCAAAAUCACCCUUACGCAGUUUUUCGGCUACAGCAUUUCCCUCGCCGGUCUUGUCUACUACUCAGUCGGCUUCGACCAGCUUUUCUGGAGUUAUCAGACCGCUGUCAAGUGGGCUGCUGCGACACUCGACUCUUCGCCCAUCAACGCGGACAGAAGGGUUGUCCUCGCAUCCGGCAUUGCCCUAUGCGUCAUCGUUAUCUACGUAAUUGCCACGCAGUUCUAG